CAGGGACCCGGUGGAGGAUGAUGCUGACGCCGGCUCAGAAGGGCUUUCUCUCCGGGUUUAUUUAUCAGGUAGCAGCGGUAUGGUCGCCGGUACUGGUGUAAAAUGCACUGGAGCAGACCGGGUGUGUUGGUCGGCCUAGCUGAGCUCGGCUGCUGCUGCUCGCCUUCGCCUCUCCCAUUUCUAUUCUAGUACUUUUUUAUUAUUUCCAGGUCAAAAUCUCAGUUUCCUGUGCGGCUUGUUUGUACUAAAAAUGGCCGGAGAUGGCGGCGCUCUGAAGGAUAUUAAUGAGAUUAAAUCCCAGUUCCGGACCAGAGAGGGCUUCUACAAGCUGCUCACCCUCUCGGACUCGCAGCAGCGGGGCGGACUGCCGCGGGGUCCGUCCGCCGGAGCCACGCUGGGCCCCGGGCCUGGACCCGGUCCGAUACCCGGCGGAGGGGUCGGGCUGCUGCAGGGGCCCGGGGCUGCCGCCGCCGCCGCUGCCGCCGCCUCCUCCUCUUCCAAUGCUGCGGCCAACUCCUCUCCGGCGGGUUUUCUGCCGCCGGUCCGAGUCUCCAUGGUCAAGCUGCAGCCCGAGGACCCGAGCGAGGAGUCGGAGCGGGUGUGCUUCAACAUCGGCAGGGAGCUGUAUUUUUACACAUACACCAACAUCAAGAAGGCUGUAGACCUGAGUAAGCCAAUAGACAAGAGGAUCUACAAGGGGACUCAGCCAACGUGUCACGACUUCAACCAGUACUCCGCCACAGCAGAGAGCGUAGCUCUCAUUGUGGGUUUCUCAGCCGGACAGGUCCAGUAUCUCGACCCCAUCAAGAAGGAGACCAGUAAACUCUUCAAUGAGGAGAGGUUGAUAGACAAAUCCAAGGUGACGUGUCUAAAAUGGCUUCCCAAGUCGGAGAACCUGUUCCUGGCCUCCCAUGCCAGUGGCCACCUCUACCUCUACAAUGUGGACCACCCAUGUGGCACCACAGCCCCACAGUACUCUCUGCUGCGGCAGGGUGAAGGCUUUGCCGUCUACGCUUGCAAAACCAAGACGCCGCGCAACCCACUGCUGCGAUGGGCCGUGGGUGAGGGCGGCCUCAACGAGUUUGCCUUCUCUCCUGAUGGCGUGCAUGUGGCGUGUGUGGGUCAGGACGGCUGCCUGCGCGUCUUCCACUUUGACUCGAUGGAGCUGCAGGGGGUGAUGAAGAGCUACUUCGGUGGACUGCUGUGCGUGUCGUGGAGCCCUGACGGGAAAUAUCUCGCCACGGGCGGAGAGGAUGACCUUGUCACUGUCUGGUCAUUUGCAGAAAGCCGAGUGGUAGCGAGGGGUCACGGCCACAAGUCCUGGGUCAACGUGGUGGCAUUUGACCCCUUCACAACCUCCCUGGAAGACGAUGAGCCUAUGGAGCUUAGCGGCAGCGAGGAGGACCUCCACCAGGGGGCGCCGAACAAUUCCAUGCACUUCAGCCGGGUCCGAACAAGUAGCACGUUGUCGCGUCUUUCUCGACACAGCUCUAAGGGUGGUGGUUCGGCGUCGGUCACAUACCGGUUUGGCUCGGUGGGGCAGGACACCCAGUUCUGUCUGUGGGACCUGACGGAUGACGUGUUGUACCCACGCCUGCCACUGUCCCGUGCUUUUACUAACACUUUUGGACCCUCACUGUCCAACUCCGGCAGCGGGGGGGUCAACAGCACCUCAGGUGGGGGAGGAAGUGGAGGGGUUGAGGGGCACCAUCACCCACCCAACACCAACACGGGCACGUCCAACCCACCGACACUCCCUCUACCACUUCCUCGCUCCCUUUCACGCUCCAACUCUCUGCCCCACCCUGCUGUGGCAAACACCUCUAAGGGCCAGGGGGCCUCGGAGGGCAGUGGGGGAGGCGGAGGUGGGGGCGGGAGCAGCGGUGGAGGGAACAGCACCCCAUUCAGCAUCGGCCGCUUUGCCACGCUGUCGCUCCAGGAGCGCAAGUCGGACAAGUCCGGUGGCAGUGGUGGGGUGGAGAAGGAGCACAAGCGGUACCACAGCCUGGGCAACAUCAGCAAAAGCAACGAUAAGAUCAACGUGGCGCCGAGGAGCAACCGGCUGGACGCCGCUAAGGUCCUGGGCACCACGCUGUGCCCACGCAUGCACGAGGUGCCGCUGCUGGAGCCGCUGGUGUGCAAGAAGAUUGCACAUGAGAGGUUGACCGUCCUGGUGUUCAUGGACGACUGCAUCAUCACAGCCUGCCAGGAGGGGCUCAUCUGCACCUGGGCUCGGCCGGGGAAGGCGAACUUGACAGCACAGAACGGGAACUCCCCGAGCGGCACAGUGGUAUAACUGGAGGAGAAGCUUUGCACUCAUCCCUCCCUCCAUCUCCUCCCCUGUUCUUCGUCGUCCCUCUGUCCGCCACCCUCUCCACUGAUGUCAGAAAACAUCAGACUGUAUCCAACCUACAGCUGCAGUAUUAUACCCUCACUAUAACUCUCUGUACUUGCCGUGACCUAAAAGCUGUUCCCUUUGAGUUUACUCUCACGGUGGCCACAGUUUGUUGGGAAACUAACUUCAGCAGAUGAAUGAAGUUCUCAGAUUAACGUCUACAAAGUUAGCUGUCUUGAAUAUGUUAGCUAGUUAGCCAUUAGCUCUGCUUCUGCUAGGUUCUAGUAGCUACCUACAGUGGACCAUAUACACAACUUGGCCAAAAGUAUGCAGACACCAGAAGCUGUUUUUCGUGAUUUGGGCGAGCCUCUUAAUUUCCAGUGAAGAAAAAGCUUUCCUGUUUCAGUGUGACAGUUCACAAACGCAGGCCGGCUAAAUGGUUUUCCCAGAUUUCCCCCCAACCUCAACCCCAUCCACCUCCUCUUAUCACCCAUCAUCGGUGUUGGGCUUUAUAGCUGCAGAUUAUGGCCUACGCUUGAUGCCCAGCGAACACAUCUGGGUGUAAUGUUCAGGUGUCCACAUACAUUUGGCCAUAUAAUGUAUUUAAAACUUGAACCUUGAUUCUUAUCUGUCCCACAAAGCAACACUAGUAAGUAUCUUUGGUGUUUUGUUCAGAAUUCAAAUUUCAUGACUCAGUUGUUCUUGUGUAUAAAGUUUCCACAGAUUCUUGUUCUUCAGCUCUGCCCGGCCCACUGCAAAACUAUAAUUACUUCAGUUCACGUCACCUAAGACCAGAAACAAAUAUUUUGACUGUAAUGUAACUUUAGAAUUACAGAACAGCAUUUAAUCCUUUACAGUUAGAAAUUUGAAAUGCUAAAUACCUGAAUCCAGAUGUUUUUAUGUUGGUCAGCAGCAGGUAGGAGCCACACUGUGCUUGGUCUUCAGGCCUUCAGAGUUUCCCACCACAUGCCACCGUGGGAAUAAAGUUUAUUCCCAGUGCUUCAGCCCUCUGCCUUCACUUCACCCUGCAAAGACUGCAUCAAACAAACAGUUUAUCCUUUCUUUGUGUUACCCUGAAGCAGCAAGGAGCGAACGGCAGGCCCCGCCUUCAUCCCAUCACUCCCAUUUCCCCUUCAUGCAAAAGACUCUGCAAAAGCCACGGCCAUUGUAUUUAAGUUAUUUAUUUUAUCACAAGACUGUGUAGUAAUUUAUACUGUAAAUACUGAAAAUACUCUAUAAAUACAAAAAGGACAAACAUGUAUGGAUAUAAUGACCUGACAGUAAGGAAGUGAAGAAGAAGCAGGAAAGAUGAAGAAUAUUAAUAUAUGAAGAUCCUUCUAUUGUACAUAGCAACCACAGUUAAAAUCUGAAUGUCUGCUGUUUUAGGGAACUUGAAGAUGUCAAUGUGUUUUUAUUUUGUGUGAUAGAGUGUCUCACUGAGUGUUUGUCCCCUGAAAGUGAGCUGGGUUCAACCCGUCGGCUGAGGCGGAAGCAUCUCGGGUCCAGCGUGACUUUUUAGAGUGGAGCACAGUGAGCGAUCUCCACGGUGGCCGCUGGCUGUACAUUUCAGCUGACUGUCCAAAUAAUACUCAUUCUGCUGAGCGUGGACAAAUGGCAUCUUCAAAAAUAACUCGGUCACGAACAAACACACUCUUGCACAUUCCGUAGGUAAAAUGGCUUACACAUACAUGCACGCACACCACACACACAAACACCCUUAUGGUGUAGCGUCAUAUAUAUAUACUGUGUCUUGGACUCCAUUCCUGUUGCACCUGAAUUGCCUCUUGCAAGAAUUUGCACAUACAAUAAAUCCAGAGUCCAUCCUGAGCUGCCACGGCUGACGUUAGGGGUGUUAUUGUUGUGUCUGAUCUGACCUCUGUGCAGAAACAGCUCCCACAACCCCACCAUUCACAUGUUUGGUACAGAGGAUCUAACAGGUGUCCGUCCCUGACUGUCGAGAUUUGGAUUUAUUCCCUUUGACUGAAUUCCAAACUUGCCUCUGUAGCGUUGGGUAUCGUGUUCACUGACUCUGAUUUCUAGUCUGCUCAUUGAUUCUGGUGCUUUUUAAAUCUUUGAGAUUUUCAGAUGCCAACUAAGAUAUGUUGGAAACAAAAAGCAGAUUUGGGCUGCCUGCCACAAACCUGUCAGUCUUCUGUGUUAUUUCUUUUAUUUAAAGAAAAAACUGGAUAUGAACAUAUAAAGAUUCACUGACGUUCAGGCAUUAUAAAUACGAGGGGACAUUAGAGACUCUGAAUUCUUUUACUGGGCUGCAUGAAUGCUUUGUCACGUUAGACAGACUUCUGUCAUGAUAAAACUAAAUAUCCAUGUUGCUUUAAACGUCAGUAUCCAGUCUGACACUGUGCUCGUGCCAGCUGAUAACCAGUGUCAGCAGUGACUGACGUAUCUGUCAGGUUCAGUCAACACAGACGCUGCAGGAGCAGCUGCCUGAAGCAGUCGCUGUCAGUCGGUCGGUGAUGUCUCCGCUUUGGUUUAGACUGAAAAUAAACAAGUAUCAGAUGGAUCGCAGAGUUUUGUGACACUAACACAGAUUUCUGAAUUAUUAUUGUUAAUUUCUUUUUAUAAAUUUGAAACCGGUUUGAAUUCAGAGCCAGGUCUCGAUACCCAACUCAAGGCCUCGCUGAUAAUCAACAUGCCUGCAUGGCAAACCGUUUCCUGUCCACUUCUUCACCAUCAGCCAGAGACGAGGGGCUGCUGAGGUGUUUCUGAACACGAUCUCUGCCUUUGGUUUGGUUUUGGGCCAGAACAAACUACUGACUCCUGACAGCUCUUAGUGCAGUGUGCCAGCAGGGUUUGUUUUUAUCAGCCUUUGUGUUUUUUUCUUUGUGUGUGUCAGUCAUAGAGUUACCUGUUUGGCAGUACAUCCUAUAAAUAGCAGAACAACAUCCAGGACUUCAGGGUUAUGCCCUUGGGGCAACAGACAAACCACCAGUUUCCUUGCACUGUGCUUGAGACGGUGUGAGGGUAUUGUUGCAGCCCAUAUACUUGUCCCUGUUGUCAUAGCAACAGCAUGUCUACCAAGUGUGUCUCGAAUGAGCUCAUGGGCUUUGGCUUCUUGAUUGUGGGACAAAAUUAAUGCCUCGUCAUGUCUGAGAUUAGAGGAAAACCCGGAUCUGUUCACUUCAGAUGUUAAAGGAACAGUUCACCCCAAAAUAAAAAUGAUCCGUCUCGACCUUCUCCUGAGCUCAGGCAGAUUUUUAAAAGUUUGAAUUUCUCCAAACAGGUUGUGCAGCUUAGUCAUAGCCACAUGUUUUGGGUCCAGCUGUUGUCCAGCUGUUGUGCUCUGAGUGAGCCCCUCUUCACCUCUUUCUCGUCAUUGUGUCUCAUUGUUCUGUUUAGUUUUGGGGGUUUUUUGUUAAUAAUUUUGAGUUUUUCUGUGGGAUGUUUUUUUUAUGCGUUCACGUGACGUUCAGUAUCUUCACCAACAGCAAACAAACCAGUCUGAACACUGUACGUGAGUCUGUGUGAGGUAAAUAUGUGAGGUCUGGUUCACAUGGCACAUUUAUUCAAACACUCGGUUUAUGCUGCACAAGCUGUUUGAGGGAAUUACAAGAGGCAACAAACGGAGAAGACAAAAGCUGAACUGACAUUUUUAAGUGUUUGUGAAUAUUUCUUAUUUUCUUGCUAAAUUUCUGCGGCCCGCACACAUUUUCCCAGACUCUAAAAAUCCUCCCGCUCCUGAGCUAAAGGGCUAAAACAGAGGUGACUGCAGAUGUGGAGAGAUCAGUCGGCACAAAUCACCGACGCUUUGCUUGUAUGUGUGCAUGUUGCGCUCAGAAAGCAGGUGUACAGCUCUGCCAAGGUUCAGCUGGCUGUUGGAGAACAGGACACAAACACACAGGUUUCAGACGGGUGAUGCAGUAGGAUGAUGAUGAUGGUGAAGAUGAAGACCGUUGUAAAAUAAUGAGCGAGGAUGCUGCUGCAUUAAACACUAUCCUGCAGUUACUUUCCACAACAAACAAACAUGUUGCUUGAACACGCACGAUUCCAAACAAAUACAACAUUCACUGUGUUACAGUUUUUCUGGUUUGAUGUGUUACUGUUUGAUCAGGGCCGGCUGAGAGAGCCGAGGUUAAAGAACACUUUAAAUCCUAUGUUACGCUCAGUGUUGAUACUGUAGACGAAAGGAAGGUUGUAAUAUUCAUUUGAUGAGGCUGGAUGAAAAAAGGCUCUGAUCACAGGAGCAGCUGUAGCUCCGCACAGCCGAGAGCUGCCACUCCAGUAAAUUCAAUAAUUCACCUCUCACCUCUACAAAUUGUUGUACAGACUGUUUUCAAGCAGAAAGUACAAAAACAAACUGUGCUGAGUCGAGUGAGACAAGAACCUGAGCCAACGCAAUCCUCAGAGAUAAGUUAGGAUGCCACAGUAGAUGGAAAACUAAAAAACUCUGGCAGUGUUUUCCUCCUGAUGCCUUGUUCUGCAACAGAAGCAACUCAAACAUUCAAUACCAAGGGAACAAAUAUCUUUCCAAAUAUGUUCCUCACUUUUUUUUUGUUUGACAUUUCAGUCUGAAGCAAAACAAACAGACACUGUUUAAACGGUUGUGUGUGUUCUUUUUACGUUUUUCUUAUUUCUGUGUGU